AUGAAGUCAGGAGGAAUCUCAUUGGUCGACGAGGAAGACUGGGUAUUCGAAUUUUCGCUCUGUUCUGCCUGCCGUCGUUGGUCAAACAUGGAUAUCGAGGUUGGGGUCAAACAGGCCGGAGCCACAUUGUCGAAUAUCGUAGGCUCAGGAGAGCAAGCCCGAGGCCUCGUUUUAAAACUGGCCUUUCUUGUACACUGUAUAGAGGAUACAUGA